AGAAGAGCAUCUUAAGAUUCACUAGACACAGCAAUAACAUUUCUAGGGAGAUAGAAAAGAACGACUGACUCGUGUUCAAAGUCAACGGAAGAUCGUCGGGAUUACAAAAACAGCGGGCUUGGCAGAUUGGGCAGUCGGAUUGGAGAGUGAGGACAUUUGACCUUUUGCCCCCACCACCGCAUGUUAUCACCAUGGCGGCCGCAGAAUAUGUGUGGCCGCGAAGGUCAUCAAUAACCAGAUCACCGGAUACUUUAUCACCAGUCUAUCCCGACCGGCCUAUCAGACCGUUACCCAAGAACCGACUCCGAGAACAGCUGUCGCCCGAACAGCAGAAGCAGAUUACCUAUCCACCCGAACCUCCGUCUACCUCACCCCUCUUCAGCUUCCCCUACGGAGUCGUGGAAAAGAUCGAUCCCCGCGCCCUCAACCACCACGAGUCGCACAGCCACUGCACUUGCAACGGAGACCACCACGUUGACGAGAGUGAAGACGACGAAGAGCUGAUUGCAUACGAUCACCCGAGCUACCGCUGGUCGUCGCCCGUGAACGACGGUUCAAGAGUCGACAGUGUCCAGAGAAAGCUGAUGGCCGCAAAGGUCCCCCCAGCACCCGCAUCAACAGCCUCUUCAGCAGACGGAUACGAAUCUUUCGAAAACACAAGCAACAAGAAGAAGCGCAAGAUUCCACUGUCGGGUGGAGGCAGUGCACACCAGUCUAGUCUGUCGCAAGAGUUGGCAAACAUGGGCAUCUCUUCACGAGAGGAUCAGCAGCAAGAUUCGAGGCAAUUGUCGGGCAGUGGUCGCGGUAGAUUCAGACAACACAACGCCUAUGCUUCAUCCUUGUCGGCAAAGUCUCGUGGAGGCAACUGGAAGGGUGAUGGAACACGCACGAAGCAAGCGACUCCUACCCCGUCGUCCGAGAACGGCAUCAUCUCGCAAGCAAUCGCCAACGCCCACCAAGACCAAGACCAGGAAGCACCAACAACCCCGAUCAAGCAGAACACUGAGAGUCUUCUCGCCCGCAGUCCCACCCAGACCUCGACACCGCAGACGCAAUUUACCUUCACCUGCGAAUCCGACUCGUCCACCAAAAUGCUCUGGCCGCAACACCCACCUCCCGCUCCUCGCUCACCCCUGGCCAACCACUCUGCCACUCGCCAACAACAGCAACCCACUUACGCAAACCCCCCUCCACCACCCCAACAACCGCCUCAAUCUGCGCCACCUAAAAAGACUCGUCCUCGCCGCCCUUCCAAGGAGUUCGCCAUGCAAGAACGCCAACGUCGCCUCCAACAGGAAUACACAAACUACCACUCUCGCCCCGCAAAAGACGACAUGUGGAUCUGCGAGUUCUGCGAGUACGAAGAUAUCUGGGGCGAACGUCCUGAAGCCCUGAUCCGCCAGUACGAAAUCAAGGAUCGCAAAGAGAGACAAAAAGCAGAAGAGCGACGCAGAUUGCUGGAAAAGGCAAAACAAAAGAACCGCAAGGGAAAGAAGAACAUGGCCAAGGGCAAGCAGGCGCCACAGCAACCGCAGAACGGGGCAGGCCAGAACUACCCUGAUGAGAACACGCCGUUGGAGGGAGAUGGCAGGCAGGAGGAAUACGAGGAUGAUGGAUACGAUGAUGGCUAUGAUCAACAAGACCAACCGCCCGAUCAGAGGUAUCCUGCGGCCGAGUAUCCUCAUGAUCGACCACCACGAGCGCCGGAUAAACAGCACCCUCCACCCACGCCUUUGCCGCAGAGAGAGCAAUAGCGCUUGCUCUUCUCGUCCAUGAAGUGACGGGGUUGAGCCGUCACUGAUCUCCUUUGUUCAGUCCCUGUUUUUCAAGCGUCUUGCCCUUUUGGACCUUUGGAUUUUUUGCCGCUCUUCGUCUUUUGAUUAUCGUUGUGCAG